AUCAGUACGGUUUUUGAGCAAAAAAUUGGCAAAUUGAUAAGCCAGACGUACAUAUACAUAUUAACUAAAUUUAAGAUAAGCCUUCUGCCCUGCAUUGAGUGCAAUAAUUUUGCCCCAAAAAAUGCCAAAAUUUGCAAAAAACGGAAACGGGUAAUCUGCGUAUGAAAAAGUCAUCCCCACACCUCCACCUGAACCACUUCUUCAUCCCUGGGAGGAACCUGAGGAAGUCGCAGAAAUUUCGAUGAAAUUUGACAACGAAGAAGUUUCCAUUGAGCGGAAACGAGUAACUAAAAGUGAGGAGGAAGAAAAUAAAGUUAUCGAAAAAGACGGGGACACAGGACGGGAAGUUGAAAAAGGGGACGCCUAUGACCCCACGGAUUACAAAAUCCAGCCCGUCCUUCGGAGUAGCCUAUUGCUCUUGUGGAUUCACACGAUGGCGAUUUAUGGGGCCUGGAUCAUUCUCACGGGACAAAUGUAUUUCAACACAUUCGCUUGGGCCGUUUUGCAUGGAUGGGCGUGCUGCAUUGGUAAAUAAUUUAAUAUUUAAAAUUUAAGAUUUAUUAACAAUUAAACCUUAAAGUUUAAUUUAUAUUUUAAAUUUUGUAAACUGGCGUGACCGCGGGGGCGCAUCGUCUCUGGGCGCACAAAGCGUACAAGGCUCGCUUACCUUUAAAGAUUCUUUUGAUGUGGUGGGACACAAUUGCUGUACAAAAUUCGAUAUUCGAGUGGUGCAGGGAUCAUCGCGUCCACCACAAAUUCACCGAGACUCAUGCUGAUCCCCGCAAUGCGAAGCGCGGCUUCUUUUUCGCGCACAUGGGCUGGCUCAUGGUGCGCAAGCAUCCAGACGUCAUCCGUAAAGGGGCGACCGUCGACAUGUCCGAUUUGGCGAAGGACCCCGUCGUUAUGUUCCAGCAUCGCCACUAUUCCGCGCUUGUGACGAUUUUCGCCUUUGGAAUCCCAACCGUGAUCCCGUACUUUUUUGGGCCUGGAGAAACUCUGUGGGUCUGUUGGUUAUCGACCUGUUUCAGAUACGUGUUAUCGCUCCAUUUAACUUGGCUUGUAAAUUCCGCUGCGCAUUUGUGGGGUCCAAGACCGUACGAUAAGGGGCUGAAUCCUUCGGAAAACAUGGCGGUCUCGAUUCUGACGGGGGGUGAAGGGUGGCAUAAUUUUCACCACGUGUACCCUCAAGAUUACAAGGCUUCCGAACUUGGCCUGUACGCCUUCUCACCGGCAACCGCUUUUAUCGACCUUUUCGCCACCCUCGGGCUGGCCUACGACCUCAAAACCAUCCCCAAACGUGUCAUCGAACUCAGAAUGCAACGGACCGGGGAUGGCUCACAGUAUCGCCAUUGAUCGAGUAAAUUUUGUAACGUUUACGCAAAUCUCGGGGAUAAAUUGUUUAAAAAUUGAGAAUAAUUUAAUUGAUUUCGUAAAAAUUAUCGGAAUUAUUAUUUUGGUUUUUAUAUUAGUGAAAGCUUUGUAAAAUUUGUAAACUGAAGAUUCGCAAGGUUUCAUCAGGCUAAAAUGUAAGAAUCGCGGUUAACUAUGUAAAAUGUAUAAAGUUUGCGAAAACCUGGGGGACAAAUUGUCUAUGGACAAAUUAUGCAUAAUUUAAUUGAUUUCCUAAAAAUUUUAAGAACCACUUUAAUAUUUAUUAUAGUAUAAAGGCGUUGUAAACUUUGUAAACUUAGCAAGGUUUCAAAAGGCCAAAAAUGUAAGAAUGAUAAUUAGCCAAUUAAAGCUUAAGUUUACACAAAUUUCGGGAACUAAUUGUCUAAAAAUUACAAACAAAUAAAUAAAUUUCCUACAAGUUA